AUGAAUGGGUUAUUCCACUUUAUUGUUAUUUGUACCUAUAUAAGUGGAAUAUAUGGAACUUGUGUUUACACAGUUAAUUUCCUAAUACCAAAUUGUACAUGUAUUGAUUACAUUAAAUUCCAUUGGCCAUGUAAACAUAUAUGUGCAAUUUUCCUUUACAUUCCAGGUUAUUCAUUUGAUGAUUUACCUGAAAAAUUUAAAAAUAAUUCAUUCAUAUCAGCUGAUCCUUAUUAUUCUAUAAAAAAUAUACACUGUAAAAACAUAUUAACAAAAUCACCUAUUGAUGUAUUGAAAAAGGAAAAUGCUUCACAAUUAAAUAUUAUAGACAUAGACAACAGUAUAAGUGAUCAACAUAAUCCAAUUCCAGACACUGAAAAGCAACAAAAUCUUCCAGAACAAUUUCGAGAAACUCUAAAAAAAAUGUUAGAUUUAACAUAUAUAAUUAAUUCAAAUGACCAUUCGAAAGAAUUGUCUGAACAACUUAAAAUUUUAAAUAGUAUUCAUUCAAAUAUGAAUUCUAUGACAAAUAAAGACAAUGGUUUAGUAUUAUUACCUUCAAAGCGUUCGUCUACACAGUUAUUAGAUAUACCAAAAUCACACAAAAAAAAGAAACUUGCAUGA